CUUCCUGCGUUCACCCCAAUACCUGGCUCCAGGUCUGAUUUUAUUAAUAAGACCUUUUAAGAUUCCUGCUACACACGUUAACCUACAGUUCUUGUACACAUACUUAGAAACGAGAUGAUCUUGUCUUUCAGCAAGGGAGCGAGCUGCCUGGAUUAGGCCUGUGUUCUCAUGUUUCUUGAAAGCUGAGUAGUAAUGUGCUUCUCAGAGGCAUAGCCCUCACAUGUGGGCAGGGCCACAGAGGUCCUCUUUCUGAUGUGUAAAACUGACACAAAGACUUUGGGGGUAAAUAGUAAAUAAUUUAAAUAGAAGUCUUCAUAGGACAUAAAAUAUUAAGAGAACAUAGAAAUUGUACAGAGGCCUGCCUACUGUACAUUGCUACCACCAAACAUUGUUCUCAUGACUAUAUCUUAGCUUCAAUGUGUUGGCUUUUCUUCCGGACAUUUGCACAUGCGUGUGUGUGUGUGUGUGUGUGUGUGUGUGUGUGUGUACGUGUAUACACGUGCCUUUUUCUUUUAGAGAAAUUAAAAAAUACAUUUGCUAUUAAACUAUGGCCCGGUAUUUCAACUGGUGUAUUUAUUUGCAAAGUGUUGAAUACUGCUUAAAUGCUGUGUAUGUUGUGGGUGCUGAAGAGGAGUGUGGGGUGAAAGCUGCUUAGUGAUAGUAGAGAAGACAGUCAAGUUCAGUGUUGGAUGGUGACACAUAGGGGAAGAGCUUAAAGGGCCCGUCCUCAGGAGCUGGAUUAGAGUCUGAGAUGGCUUCCAAGGACCUCUGGAUGAGGUCAUGUUGUUGGAGUAAGUGCUUACAGUAGGUGAGUAGCACGCUUCGCAGAUAGCUGGAAGACAGCUGGGCCUGUUUAUAUUUGAAACAGCUGUGUAGACAUUGCCUCUCCAUUGGCUGUUGUUAACGUCAUGGAUAGAGUGCAACUUUACCAGUUCCUAUCCCUAGGCUGUGUCUACUGUUUUUCUUCUCCAAGACAAAUAGCUUUGAGGUGGACAUUUAUUGAGAAUGAUCAGGGCACAUUUUCUUGAGUUAAGGCUUAUUUCUAGAAAUGGAAUCCUGGUGCAUGGUUUUUAAGGAUCUCAGUUCACACUACUAGACUUGGCUGCGUAAGACCCUCACUGCUCUGUCUGUCCUUGCACCAGCGAGAUAGCCAGCUUCUCUGUAACAUGGUGAACAAGAGUCCUUAACACGUUUGGUUUUUGCUAGGUUGAAGUUUAUGUACCAUACUAUUUUUCUUUGUUCUUUUAGGUAGGCCUAAGGUAAUACUUUUUGUUUUUCUAGCUUUAAAAAAAUCUUUUAUUAUUUGUAUGUGUAGGUGUGUGUGUGUUUGUGUGAGGUUUCCUGCACCUAAGUGCAGGCGCUGGUAGAUGCCAGGGGCCUUAGGUUCUCCUGGAACUGAAAUGCAGGCAGGUGUGAGCUGCCUGGUGCUGCCUGGUGUAGGUGUAGGAACCAAACUCGAGUCCCGUGUGAGUGCAGCACCCACUCAUGAACCCUGAGCCAUCGCAGCAGCCAUCCAGCAUCUCUUGAUGGAAAAACUACACUGUGGCAAAACACUGUUACCAAUAUCAUAAUGCUUUUUAGGUAAGUUUAUACUUGACUUACCACAACGUGUUUGUUUAUAUUGGGAAGAAUGGUGUGUGUUAGUGAGAGAAAGUGCUUAGUUUUCAUUCAGUGCUUAGUGUGUAUAUGAAACCUUGGACUUCUUGGAUGAAGCCUCCACAUAGAUGGUAUAUGUAAGUCAAUAUAGACUAUAAGAAUAAUCACAAGUAAUUUUCAAUCACUUUAGGAUGUAUUCUUUAGAAAAGCGAUUUACUGUGUUGACUGGUACCUUCCCUUCUUAAUACAUUUUGUUAUUGGAAACGCUCCAUUUUGUGGUUCGUGGUUAGACCAGUCCUAGGAAGCUAGUAUUAUUUAGGCAUCAUUCUUUGCUUCUGAUUUUUGUGUGAGGGCCAGGUAAAUGGGCUUGAAGCUUUUCUGCUGUAGAAGUCUUUGUUAAACACAGAAUUUCAACAGAAGUAUACAAGUAUAUGGUAGAGUUAGGGUUUUCUGACUAGACAGCCUGGGGUGAUAUUCUCAGACUUUCUGCUCUCCAGAGUCAGACUGAGACCCGCUGUCUGGCCUAGGUCAGUCUGGAGAGUCAGAUGAGACGGGAUGCACACUGGGCUACAUUUGCUCAAGGCUGAGUGCAGAAGUAUGUGCUGUCUGUGGUUCUACUGUGUGUGUUGUUACCCUCCAGGCUCUGGGAGAGUUUAUCCACCCUGUCAUGCCAGGCUGCCAGGGUGCAGCCCACAGCUAAUAUUUAUGGGGAGCUUCUCAUGUGCAGGCCACUCUGCUUGUUGUUAACCAGGGGAGAAAAAUCAUUCUGCUGCUGCUCAGAAGUCUAGAGGAAUGAUUGCCGCUCGUUGAGCAAGGCAGCUGGGGGCUUGGAGGAUCUGACGAGUACUGAGAUACGUGUUGUGUGCACUCACUGUCUUGGCAGAAGCUAACAGGCUACAUGGCUGCUCAGUCAACUGAGGCUUUGGUCAAGGACCCUGUGUUGCUUGUGCUUCUAAUGGUAGGAUGUGCUUGGAGCUGAGAAUUGGCAUCUUUUAUGGCCCAUCUCUCAGCUUCCAGAGAGUUAAUUAGCUUUCAUUGAAAUUCUUAGGACAGCCUGUUUUUGCUUCUAAUCAAGUCCUUUUUUUUUUUUUUUGGUGUUAUUCCAAAUACCAGGUUGAUCCUGAGGGUGGUUAAACAUUGGUGAAUGAGAAAUGGGUAAUACGUACUCUAUAUUGCACCUUAAAUAGCAUGAGGGUGUAGAGUUGUAUCAGUAGCUGAUGGAUGUGUGUUGUACAUUGCUCAAAGAAGUAUCUUCUAGGCAUUCCCAAGAGCAAUAGAGUCCACUAGGAGAGCUCACGGGGCUGCUUCCUAAAACCGGGGUCUGUGGACUGUGGCGGCCUGUUCCUUCAGCCCUCCUCCAGUCUGCCAGUGAGCCUCACUUGUUUUCAGGACUGACCUUAAUACAAACUUGCUUUAGAAACUUUGAGUAUGUUUAUUUCAUCAAUACUAAAAACCUGUAAAUUAUAAGAUGCAUUAUUUUAUGCAUCUCUAAAAAGACAGCUGGUAUUAAAAUGUAGGAAACCUUUGGAUAUAGGUACUUCUGUGCCUAACUAAAGGAUAGUUAAACCUUUAAAGGAUAGUUAGUGCUAUCUUUUGAAAAUUUUUCAAAGAUCAACAAAGUUGUAGGUUGUGUUGACAGAUCUAGCUCACAGAUACGAAGUUAUUAAAAAUGUAUGGAUUCUACCUUCAUUAGGUUUCUGUUAUAUUAAUGAAACUGGCCGCUCAAUAUGUCUGUUUUACUAGAUUUACUAGUAACUAGAUUUACUUGUUAGCUUGACACAGCCUAAAAACCAUCUGAGAAGGGAAUCUCAGUUGGGGAUUGCCCAGAUCAGAUUGGCCUCUGGCAUGGUUGUGAGUGAUUGUCUUGACUGUUAACUCAUGGAGGGGGGCCCAGCCCACCAUGGGCAUCACCAUUCCCUGGGCAUGUGGUCCUGGGCCGUAGAGCCUAGCUCAGCCUGAGCCUGUGGUGAGCCAGCAGGCUGCAUCGCUCCAUGAUUCUGCUUCUCACGCUCCUCCUUAGGUUUCUGUUUUCAUUGAUGAGCUACAGCCUGUAAUAAGCCCUCUCUCUAAAUUGGUUUUGGUUAGAACAUGCUGUUUCAGCAACAACAUGAAACUAGAGCAACAUGUUUAUCGUUUCCCUUUUGUCUUCCUCAUGUACAUUUUGGAAUGCCCCUUCGACAGGCCGGCAGUCUGUAAUGAGCACCAGUACUGCACUGUACGCGCAGACUUUGGGUUUGUUUACCUACCACACACUUGAUUUGACCCCCCCCCUCCUUCUGUCUUUACGUCCAGAGAUGAAUUUUCACAUGGAAUAAUCUUUGGAGUUUGUUGAUCCUUCAGAAUUUUGUAGAGGGGAACAGGAAAUUCACCUCAUUUGGUAAUUAUAUAACUUGAAUUUCUCACUUGUGCUUUCAGAAAGGGUUCUGGGGUUAGACUUGCCAGAGGCUCAUCUGUCUUGAGGCAGUUUACCAGGCGUGACCAGCCCAACGAGAAGUCCUCCUCUGUCUGUUUUAUAUCCCUGGACAGUGACUUAUGUGAAGUAAUUAGAAUCCAAUAGAAAGUAACCCAGUGUGGGUGUAAACAUUGGUUGUUCCAGCUGGGAAACAAAUUCGUUAAGUAAAUGCCCUCUGAAAUCUUGCUGAAUAUAUUUUCCUACUUGGAUGCUGUGAGCUUGCUGUGCACUGGAUGUGUGAGCAGACGCUUUUAUCAUUUGGCCAGUGACAAUUUUAUUUGGAUCAAGAUCUACUCAGCUGCAUUUUCAUCAAAAAGAUCACAUUGGAAAGUUAAAACAGUGGAGGAGACAGCCACGUCUGUGAGUGUACUGUCAGUUGAGGAUAAAGAAGUUGGGUACUGGAAGAAAGAAUAUAUUACAAAGCAGAUCUCAUCUGUGAAAGCAGCACUAGCCCACAUUCUCAAACCUGUCAACCCCUACACAGGUCUUCCGGUGAAAACCAAAGAGGCCCUCAGACUGUCUGGCCUAGGUUGGGCAAUUAUAUUAAGAGAAAAAAGUGGAAAGGAACACAUCGUGCAACAUGUUGAUCUUUCCUUAAACGAUACGUCUGUCACUGUUGUGUGGUAUGGCAAAAAUUGGCCAUGUCUAGCCAUGUUGUCCACCCUGGAUUUGUGUGGUGUGACGCCAGUUUUUAUGGACCGGUAUAAAACUCCUGACCCAAAUGGACCACGAUGGCUGUCGUUAAUUGCGAAGUAUGAUCUGAGUCAUUUAAGCAAGUCUACCAUGGUUGGCUGUGACAGACUUGUCCGGAUAUUCUGUCUAAAUCCUGGCCUCCUGGUGGGGCUGUGGCAGAAGGAGGACGGACUGGCUUUUGUCAUGGCAAAUCUUCAUUUUCAUCGUCUUGUGGAGAGAAGCACAUUAGGCUCAGCCACUAUCCCCUAUGUGCUGCCUCCUCAUAGCCCCUUUGUGGAUGACAGCCCCGAGUAUGGACUGCAAGGCUAUCAGCUUCACAUUGACAUGCAUGGCGGGGGGAUUUUCUACCUGUGUAGUACAUUUCGCAACCUCUUCUCCAGGAAAGGAAUUUGGAAAAUGUCACAGGGAUGCAUUGAGAAUGGAUAUGUGAAGUUCAUGGCGAUAAGUUUAAAAAACAACAGAGAACACCUACCCCUUAUUGGAAAAGUUGGCCUUGCAUGGAGAACUAAUGUUUUUGAUGGCUUUAUUGAGAGGUGCUCUGUAGUGGAUGUGACCCUUCUGGAUGAGCACAGGAAGCCCUUUUGGUGUGUGAGUUCUCCAGUGUGCAUGAGAUCUGCCGCCUACCCCUCUGACGGUCCCAACUUCCUGGGGCACACUUACUGUGUGGACUACAUGGACACUGAAGGAGGAGUGCAUGCAGAGCUGGUGUGGAUCGAAGAGACGGAAGAGUACUUUCUCAUCAGCCUGGCCCUGUACCUCAGCGUAGCAAAAAUAAACCACUGGUUUGGGACAAAAUACUGAGGUUUAGCAGUAGGUGGGAAAGUCUUGUUACUAGUAAGCUGUUUGUUUUUUUUACAACUUUGUUCUUAUUAAAAGUUAAAUUGUAUCCGUGA